AUGAGUGCAAAUAUACCAAGCUCCGGGCCCUCUGGGGACCUUGACAGGAAAGGAUCUGUCAAGCGAGCCAGGCAGUUGUUGGCGGCUGGCGUACGCCCAGAACGAGACUCGCCGCCUAACCCCGGGAAUGUAUCACAUCAAAUGCAAUGGCCUCUUCCAGACUCGGGUCUGCCACCAAAUCCGAUCAAUCACCACCCUAGGUUUCUGCUUCCGCGUGGUCCUCCACCGCAAAGACCGCCCCGUCCGAGUGAGAUCCGUGAGAUCCCUUCGCCAUCCAUCUAUUCAGAAAAGGACGACCAAGACUCGGAAACCAGCUCAGCUUAUAAUACUAGACCUCCUCGGUCCUUUUCGCAAUUGAAGCCGCCCCCACCAUUGCAGCUGCGUCGGCCUAUAAAGAACGAUGCCCCUGUCAGUCCUACCAGCACAAUCGACGUUUGCCCUCGGAUCUCGAUUGCAACAGAAGACCUGUUUAGACAGUCGACAGCUUCAUCAACGCCCUCUAUCCCCGAUGUACCUCCUUUCCCACCACGUUUCCCGCCUGCCCAGUCUUCUUCCAGGGAUGAUCCGAGGCAAAGGACGGCAGGUCUUGUCGCACCAAAUACGCGACGGCCCCCUCAGGCUCGUCGAUCAUCUGUCUCUCCGAUUCCAGAAGAACUCGCCGAUCCUCGCUUUACAAAAGCAUCUUUUGCAUCAAGUCGAGCAAUUCCUUCGAGUUGGGGUUCUGGUCCCCCUGAAUCUGAAAUUCUUGGAGCAUACCUUGAAAUGGAGUCCGAUGAUGACCAUCCUCGACCAAGCUUGCAAGAGGAUGAUGCGACGCUUGUGCGCAGCGCUAGUGUUGGAAAAAGAGGGAAGCCGACGAUGCGCACCAUUCUCAAAUCUAACCCUGUAUCCGUGGUUUCCGUUGAAGAUACGCAAUUAUCAGCCAAAGAUGAGUUCAAAAACGCAGAGGGAGUCCCCACUGGGAUGGGAACUGCAGCAACCCAAAUGCUUCACCCACCAAGCCAAUUGAGAAAGGGGUCUACUUCUACGGCAUCCAGUGAAUCGUUGAAGGGUGUGGACCCCGAAAAACCACCCUUUGCCCAGGAAGAACGGCCAUAUAGUGCAGGGCUUGAAAAGGAAAUUGAAGUUUUUGGCGCUCUACCCCAUGCUGCACCAACAAUGAGCGAUAAAAGACCUGGGGGCCGUAAGCCUCCCGCCCUGAACAUGCAUGCAGUGCGGGAUGCCGAAGCUCGAGGAAGCCUUUCUAGCUUAACUGAUCUGAUCCGACGUGCCACAAAGCUUGCCUCAAACCUAGAUCACGGGAGAACAGCCAGUCGAACUGAUCUGGUUGGUGGCGAAGCAGAGUUUAAAGCUGGAAAAGGCAACCGACCCCGUAAUUCUGGAUCCUUAUCAGACAUGCUCGCUUCAUUCCCUCCGCCAGGCUUGGCGACCCCCGAGAGCCGUUCAUCAUGGCCAGUUUUCUUCGGACGCUCUAAUUUGCGUCAUGUCCAGCCGCUUGGCUCCAACGAUGAUGAUCCAGAUGCACCCCGGCGCAAGAAGACAUGUUGUGGGAUGCCCCGCAAGGUCUUUGUGUUGAUCUGCAUCGUUUUAUUUAUUGUCGUUAUUCUUGCGAUUCUUCUGCCGGUUUUCCUUGUGGCUGUGCCUCGCGAGAAAGCAAGCAAAGUGACAGCCUGCGAAAAAAGCAAUCCUUGCCAAAAUGGAGGAAUUAGUGUUUCCAGCGGUACUCAGUGCUCCUGUGUUUGUUCAAACAAUUAUACUGGCUCGAAGUGCACCAUUGCCAGCGAUGGUAGUUGUACUACGUACUUGAUUCAGGAUAGUUCAUCGACAAAGAAUGCAACCAUGGGCAGCGAACUCCCCCGGUUAUUCGAGGACUCCAAGAAAACAUUCGAUCUCACCCUGGAUCCAGUCACUAUUAUGGCUCUUUUCAGCAUGAACAACGUCUCAUGCAAGACGGAAAAUGCGCUCGUGUCAUUCAGUGAGGUUAAGACGGACAGCUCUAGCAAGGCCCGUCGAUCUCUGGCAUUGGAGAUAGAGACAAUUCCAUCCGAGGAUAUUGCAAGUCCAGCUUUCCCUAGCCCUGUUUCGACUGCCGGACCCACUCGAGUCCUCGCAGCUCGCUCUGAGGCUACCAUGCACGGCGGUAUCUUGUAUGAUGACCUCGGAGCAAGCCAGACCGCUACCGCAUCAACCGCCACGCAAACGGAGUCGACGGCCACCGCAGCUACCAAGAUCAUUUCUCAACCCACUUCAACCAGUGAGGUCACAACGUCCACUGCGAGUAGUGUGCCCGAGAAAGUAGUGGAAUUCUCUCGGGUUGCGGUACUGUACAUUUUGCAAAAGACGGGAUCUCUGGACACAGCAAUGUCUUCGGAAGAUGACAUUCAAGGAUAUUUGAUUGAUUCAUAUACGAACGCAACAUGGCCCAGCAUGACAGUAGGAGCGUUUGAAGUGGAUUUUGAGAAUCUGACCAUCACGCUUCCUAACAGUACAGUGAAGGCUGAUUGA